UUGGGCGUGGUGUGGUGUUGGUGGGUGUGGGCAGUACACCAAACGGGAACAGGAGGCGGCGACGAGGGUUUUGCUGCUCCUCCCCUCCGCAAACCGUGUGCGCGGCGGCGACGCCACAGGGGGAGCUCGCCGCCUUCGGAUCGAGAGGGAGGAGGGGCGGCGGAGCGGGUGGUGGGGAGGCGACAUGAGAGGCGGGGGCGGCCGGGGCGGGGGCGGGGGCGGCGGUGGGAGGGUGCCCUUCUACGCCGCGGCGGCGGCGGCGGAGCCUCGGGCGGGGGAUGCGGCCGCGAUCCCGCCGGCGUCGAGGAAGCUGGUGCAGGGGCUUAAGGGGAUCCUGACCGACCGCUCCGAGGCCGAGAUCUACGCCACGCUCCUGGAUUGCGGCAUGGACCCCGACGUCGCCGUCGAGCGCCUCAUCUCGCAAGAUCCUUUUCAUGAAGUGAGAAGAAAGCGUGACAAGAAAAAGGAGAUCAAAGCACCUCAGGAAACCAGGCCUCGGCCAUUUUAUAAACCUGCAUUUCGAGGAUCUAAGACUGGAGGAGAUUCAACUGGCAGUGGUAAAGGCCCUACCAAGAAAGAAACGGAGUUACAUUCUCUUCCUAAAUCAUCAGUCUCUGAUUCUGUGAAGGAAAGCAAUCCAACUGAGAAGAUUUCAGCAGCCGACCAUGCUACUAUCAAUGACAGUCUUAUUUUAUCAAGUGGCCAAGCUGAUGCAAAGUCCACUCCUCUCCAGCCCCCUUCUCAAGUGAAGCAUGGUUGGGGUGGGAUGCCAGGGCGCCCUUCCAUGGCUGAUAUUGUCAAGAUGGGCAAACCCCAAGCUAAACCUGUGAGAUCUGUUGCAUGUAAUACCGGGAUGCCAACCAUUGGUGGUUCAGUCAUUUCCAAUGCAACAAAUCAUACUUCAAAAGAUUCACAAGACCUAGUUUUGCCUUCACAAGUGAACUCUGUUGCAACUGAUAGAAUACCAAAUGGUACCAAUGAGGUCUCCCCUGCAUCUAAUGACUCCUCUAUUGAUGUAUUACCUCCCAGAGAGGGGUUGGAGGUGCCAGAAUCUGUCGCCACAGUUAAACCUGGAUCGUCAACUGCAGAUGUUUACAAAGAUGAAGUUGAAGAAGACAUGGAUUCUGAUAAAAAUAAGGAUAUGAGUGCAAGCAAUGCAGACGAUCGAACAUCUUCAGGACCAUAUCCUGCAUCUAGCAAAGAAGUACACUCAGAACAUACUCAAAUUGCCACCCAUCACAAUGACUUGAUAGUGGAAACAGAGGACUCUCAGUCUGAUGGCAAUGCAUUUGAGAAUAACCGUGUUGCAGAUUCAGAGGGAAAUAUGUCUGCUACUGACAAACAGUUUGAACAGUUGAUUCUACAUGAGGAAAAAAAAUCAAAAUCAUCUGAAGAUAACCCGGCUGUAAUAAUUCCUGAUCAUCUUCAGGUUUCAAAUGCUGAUUGUGCACACUUGACAUUUGGUAGUUUUGUGUCUGGAACACUUGAUGCGCCAGUCUCCUUGAAAACUGCCAAUGGUGAUGAGGAGGUUGCAGCAGUUUCUGAUAACCAUUCGAUUGAUCAGUCAGAUGUCAGAAUCCAUGAGUACGAAAAUAAGGAUACAGUAGCACCUGCAGCUGACGAACAUGUUGCCUCUUCAACAAAAAGUGACACGGAGAAUGUUGAUGUUGCACCUGUACAACAGCCUGAAUUGAGAACAGCCGAUUUAAUAGAUGUUCCAAACAACACCAUGUACAAUAAUUUAUCAACCUCCGAUUAUGCAACUCCAAGUGCAGUGCAACCAGAUUCUUCCGCACACAUUUAUCUGCAAGAACAUCGACAAUUGCAAAACAUUUCCCCUCUCUCUAGCUUUAUGCAAGGAAAUAUCCCGAAUGGACUAUUGCCACCAGCACUUCCACCUUUGCGUGACUUUGAUCCUGCUUUCUCAUUAUUACUUACUAACCCACCAUUGGCUACGAUGGUUCAUGGCACAACAUCAUCGUCCAUGGGCAAUGCAACUACUGUUUCUACACAACCACAAGAGAUUGUGAAUCCAGGUGCUUCAUCCAACCCUCAAUUGAAUCAAUCUCAGCCAAGCACCAGCACCAGCAUUGCUUCUGGUCCUCCACUCCCUCAGCAUCUCACGCUUCACCCUUAUGCUCAAGCAACUCUUCCUCUUGGGUAUGCAAGCAUGAUUGGCUACCCAUCUCUAGCCCCAAGUUAUACAUAUCUCCCGCCUCCUGCCUUUCAGCAACCAUACAUGAACAGUGGCCUAUUCCACCAAGCAGCAGCUGCAGUUCCCAAUUCCAGUGUAAAAUAUCCUUUGCCACAGUACAAAGGCAAUGUUUCCCUUGCGAGCUUACCCCAGCAAGCCUCACUGCUCUCAAGCUAUGUUGGGGGCUUUGGAGCUGCAAGCAGCAUGCCAGGAAAUUUUGCCCUGAACCAAAGCACACCAUCAGCAACCGCUGCUCCUGGGUUUGAUGGAACAGUGCCCGCGCAAUACAAAGAAGGGAAUCAAUUUGUAUCUCUUCAGCAGAGCGAGAACGCUGCGAUGUGGAUGCAUGGUGCCAGUUCGCGAACAAUGCCACCUCUUGCAGCAAAUGCCUUGUAUUAUCAAGGGCAGCAGGGUCACCAGGGCGGCCUUCGGCAGGGGCAGCUGCCUUCACAGUUUGGUGCUCCACUUGCACCGACACAGCCCGGCCUGGGCCAUGAGCACCGGAACCCUAGUGACGGCAACUUAAGCUCUGCUGCCGCUGCCGCUCAGGCUAACCAAAUGUGGCCAAAUAGUUACUGACCCAGCCUUUGAAACCCUUUUGAGUGUGUGGUCCUGUUGUGGUGCGUGCUACGUCAGAGAUGCCAUGCAAUGCUUUUGGCCUGAUUCAGGCGCCUGAAUAGCAACUGUGUAUAUGAGUUGCUAUGUCGACAUUUUGGAGAGGCAGAGGAGAUGUAUGUUUGAUCAUCAUGUUCUACUACCCUUAGCAUUUUCUAGGAUGGCCUAAAACUGUAGCUCUAUUUAUUUAUAUUCUGAUAGAAAGGACCGUUCUUUCUCAGUUUGUUUUGUUCUUCCGUUUACAUAUCAUGUAAACAAUAAAACUGAGAUAUCUAACAAAGCAGCACCAUGAAUGAAUUUCAAGGAAGCAAAGGAUGAGCUAGCUUUGUAUCA